AUAGUAUUCUCUACAUUCGUCGAAGGACUCUAAGGAAAACGAUUUGCAAUGUGAACUUUACUGUUAUAAAGUUGUUCAACCGCUUCUAAGCCAUGCCAUCUCUAUGAGAGAAAAGGAGGAAAAAUUCUCAGAGUUACAGAAGAAAAUAGAUGAUCAAGAUGCAAUUAUCGCAAACUUAAAGGAGGUGAUCAGACAAAAAGAGUUGCAAAUGGCACAGCAAAUCAACCUGACUGCCGCAUCUAAUGAAACCAUUUUAAUUCAGAAUGAUUUUCUGAUUACAAUUAAGAAGCAACUCGCCCUAAAUGAGGCUCAAAUAACUAAAAUGGAAUCUGAAAUAAAAUCGAAAGAUUCUCAAAUUGAUAAGAAAGAUAAAGAAAUAAAGUUAUUGCAAUCUAAGAACAGCUCACAACUUGAAAACCUAAUUAAAGCGAACACUAUGCCCUCAAGCUGUCUGGGAAAAUUGACAGAUAUCUAUACGAUUAAGGUGCCCAACUUAGAGCCCUUCCUCGUGCCCUGUGACUCGAAAUUGGCCGACAACGGAUGGACUGUCAUUCAGCGUCGCGUGGAUGGAAGCGUGGAUUUCAAUCGCGACUGGGACCAAUACAAGGUCGGUUUCGGUGAUUUACAUGGAAGUUUCUUCAUAGGACUAGAGAAGUUAUACCAUAUGACAGUAUCACAGCCCUACGAACUAUAUGUAUACCUUGAGGAUUUUGAGAAUAACACACAUUACGCCAAAUAUAGUCACUUUUUAAUUGGCAGCGAGAAUGAGUCGUACAAGCUAAAUAAACUUGGAACUUAUUCUGGAAAUGCUGGUGAUUCCUUAACUUAUCAUUUAAAUGUGAAAUUUUCAACACCAGAACGUGCUAAUGAUGAGAGUCCGAAAGCAGAUUGUGCAUCCUCUUUCAAAUCGGGUUGGUGGUUUAAAAAUUGUUAUAAUUGUAACCUAAACGGGCAACAUGUUAACAAGUUUGUUGAGGGUCAGGGUCGUGGCAUUGAAUGGAGGAACUGGCAUACUAAUCCGCUUAGAUAUGUGCAAAUGAUGAUAAAGCCACAAUCUAAUUAAAUAAAAAUGCGUUCCUUUGUUUACUUCAAUAUUAUUUUUUAAAUAUAUUGGGUAUCUGAUAUAGAAUAUAAUUUCAACUUUUAAUCAAUA